AUGAUCGGAAAAACAGUCCUUUCUCUCCUACUCAUCCUCAUCAUCUUCAUCACCUACUCCAUUUAUAUCGGAACCGUUGAUGUCAGAUCACACUUCUUCCCACUCUUACAAUCUCUACCUAACUACACUAUGCCCUACAACACCGAAUCGCCGCUCAGGGUCUUCAUGUACGAUCUUCCCUGUCGAUUCAACGUCGGGAUGCUGAAACACCGGAGAUCCGACGAAACUCCGGUGACUUCCUGGACUUUACCACCGUGGCCGGCGAAUUCGGGGCUGAAGAAGCAACAUAGCGUGGAGUAUUGGAUGAUGGCUUCGUUGGUGUAUGAUAGUGAAGAUGAGAGUCGAGAGGCGGUUAGGGUUUCGGAUCCGGAAUCGGCUGAUGUGUUUUUCGUACCGUUUUUCUCUUCGUUGAGUUUCAAUACUCAUGGGCACAAUAUGACUGAUCCGGAUACUUGA